CACCGCCCGCCCGGUGUGCGCCGCUGUUGUAAGGAGAGACAAAUGUACACAACUAUUUCAUAGCGAAGUAGUAUGUUGUUGUAUGAAUAUAUCGUUGAUGCACUCAUUAUUUAAUAGUCUGGCGUUUUAGUCCCGCAACACAAUCAGAAGUUAGAAAUGUCAGAAGUCGUUGACAUGAGGAACGACGCUGUAAAUAUGACACUUGUUCAUGAUUUGUUUCAUCAUGUGCCGCACAGUGUGACGUCACAAAGGCAUCAGUUGCGUUUUGGAAGUUGAUUAUGUUGUUAAAUUAAAAAACACGAAAUGGGUCGUAUUAAUAGUCAACAUAGAAAGCGCUGUCACGAGGACGUGUCUUGAAAAAGAACAGCUUUAAUUCUUCCUUUCGAGCACACGCUAGGACUUCCCCCUUUUUAAAAGGAAUUUACCUGUGACCACACCUGAACAACAACGCGACACAAGGAGACCAACUUCCCCAGAGCAGGCAGACAACAGGUGUGCGUCGUCCCCCAAAAUGGAGACUCCCGACAUCCAGACCGAGGACAUCAGCAGUUGUGUGUCGGCCAAAGAAAAGAAGAGCGACGAGAGGGAGGAGCCUGAAGGCAACUUCAUGCCGGAGAAGGCCGCCCAGGUGUUCCAUUUUGCAGCGACCAGGCCGCUGUCCCCAUCCAGGCGAAGUGAAGCAUUUUGGGGGAUGGCCACGGGUACUCAGGGGUAUGAGGGUCCUGAGGACACGCCCCAAGCCACAGAUGGGCGGGGCUGUCCCAGUAGGGAUAUCUGGAAAGUGGGCGUGUCUUUGAUGACCUCCGCAAUUUUCUUCCCCUUCCUCAUCUGGGGGGGGUUUGUGUUCUUGCCGUUUGACGCCCCCCUUCUGGUUGGCGCACCCUUGCGGCUGGUCUACGCAUUGCGCUGUUCUGUGUUUGCAGCCACGCCCGUCAUUUUAGGCUGGCUAGUCCUGGGUGUCAGCAGACUGAGGUUCGGCCUGGUCCGGCCCUCCUUGGAUGACGGCGAGGACAAGCAGCAGCCUGAGGGCGUCGGUCUUCACAGAAGCUUCACGUCGGACUCGGUCGCAUUGUUCCUGCUCCACUUCCUGCAGCUGGUCGUCAUGGCGAUGUACCUGCGCCAGGAGCAUCUGAAGCUGGUGCCUCUUCUCGCCAUCGUGUUCGCAUUGGGACGGUUGGCCUACUGGGUGGCGGCCGCGUUCGGCAGCAGCGUUCGAGGUUUUGGAUUCGGUUUGACCUUCCUGCCUAUCCUGGUCAUGGCGACCACCAACAUGGUCUUCAUCUACGCCAAGGAGCCGUCAUGGAUCUUCAGAUUGCAUCCCAACAUGGAGGUCUUGGCUCUGCCCACCAGCAGGCAGCGGUUCUGGGGAUGAGGUCACUUCCUGCCACUUCCUCCCGCGUCAAGCACCCUCCUCCUCGUUUUGCCAUGCCAGGAACUUGAUGUUUUCAAAAUAAAACAGGAAAUCAGUCUUC